AAACGUGCCUACAAGAGUUAUGUCCGGGCCCUGCCACUGCUGAAGAAAAUGGGUGUGACUUCCAUUGCUCUCCGAAAAAGCAUCGGAACCCUUGAAGUGAUCUGUGGCAUCAUCAUGACCGUGGUCCCUGGCCGUCCCAAAGAUGUCGCCAAUUUCUUCCUUCUCUUACUGGUGUUGGUCGUGCUCUUCUUCCACCAGCUGGUUGGCGAUCCCCUCAAGCGUUAUGCCCACGCCCUGGUCUUCGGGAUCUUGCUCACCUGCCGCCUGCUGAUUGCCCGCCAGCCAGAGGAGCAGCUUAUUGAGAGGAAGGCUUCGUCCAGGGGUGGUGAGGGGCAGGCUGCCCCCCACAAGAAGGUCAAGGUCAAAGUGUCGUAA